UUGUCAGCACGCCUAAGCAUAUGCCGCUAAAUAUUCCACGAACACUCUGCUCUUAUAUUGCGAGCACUCAUCACACCCAAAAUCCACCAAAAAUACACAAAAUAUUAUUAGCUACCUAAUGCUGUUCUUGCUGCGUGCGAUUGAUCGAGGCGACGAGAUUAGUUAGCAGCUAGCAGCUCAAAGAUUGGAGUGAUUUGUAGUAGCUGGUUGGUUUGAUUGAUCGGUUGCAGAAAUGAAGUUUGGCAAGCUGCUCAAGCGGCAGAUCGAGCAGAGCCUCCCGGAGUGGAGGGACAAGUUCGUGAGCUACAAGGAGCUGAAGCGCAUCGUCAGCUCCAUCUCCGGCUGCCCGCCGUCGCCGGCGGAGGAGGCCAUGUUCGUCGCCGCCCUCGACGCCGACAUCGACAAGAUCGACUCCUUCUUCCUCGAGCAGGAGGAGGAGUUCGUCAUCCGCCACAGGGAGUUGCAGGAGGCGAUCAAGGCGGCGGCGGAGAGGAACGCGGCGGCGGCGGAGGUGGCCGGGAUCCGGCGGGAGAUCGUGGACUUCCACGGGGAGAUGGUGCUGCUGCUCAACUACAGCAGCAUCAACUACAUCGGGGUGGCCAAGAUCGUGAAGAAGCACGACAAGCGCACGGGCGGCGGGCUGGCGCCGGCGGUGACGAAGGCGGUGCGGGAGCGGCGGCACUUCUUCAACAAGACGGAGACGGUGUCGCGGAUGGUGCGGGAGUGCGAGGCGGCGGUCGGGGCGGCGCUGUUCCCGUCGUCGUCGUCGGCGGCGGAGGCCGAGGGGCAGGCGGCCGCGCGCCGGGACCUCGAGGCGCUCGCCGCCGCCGAGCAGGGCAUCUUCCGCAACACCGUGGCGGCGCUGCUCACCAUGCAGGACGUCCGCAGCGGGAGCUCCACCCACGGCCGCCACUCGCUGCCGCCGCUCACCCUGCCGGACUCCGACUGGCUCCGCUCCUUCCAGCCGCCGUCCCCCAUCCCCAUCCAAUGACCACCGGCGACCUCCUCGUCGUCGGCUUUGAUUUUUGCCGGGAAAUGCUGCGAUGCUCUACCAUGUAAAAUUGCUCAAUUAUCUCCUUUUUUUAGUUGCUGUUCUUGAUUUAUUUUCUCCCUUUUCUUUCAGUUUUUUAUGCCGCUUAUACUAAUCAAAAGCGGCUAAAUAAUGUAAGAUACGGGUUAGUUAUUAACAACAUACGAACAAAUUCAUACGUGU